AUGUUGCAGCCUCAAAAAUACCCUUCUGUUCUCUUAAUAUCAUUUUUAACAUUUCUUUAUCAAUGUUGUGCUACUCAAUUCAUAGUGGGGGAUUCAGCAGGUUGGGUUAUUCCACCAUAUCCAACAUACUACACUAGUUGGUCAGAUUCCCAUAUCAUUAGAGAAGGAGACACUCUAGAAUUCAACUUUGAUACAAAAUUCUACAACCUAAUUCAAGUAUCAAAAUCUGAGUAUGAGCAUUGCACAGCACUUGAACCUCUGAAGGUGUUCUAUACUAGCCCUAUAAAUUUUCCAUUGAAGGAGAAAGAUGUUUACUACUUCAUAUGUAGUGUCUCAAAUUAUUGUUCCUUAGGCCAAAAGAUUAUCAUUGAUGUCCAUGGAGCUUCCUUACAAAAUACACCAGCACCAUCAGCAUCACCUCCAAAGAUAUCUUCACGAUCAUUCCCAAAUGGUUAUGCUCCUCAACCAAGUGGUGUCGUGAUUAGUCGUUCAUCAUCUAUAGAUGUACCAUCUCCUACACCUUUAGGAGGUCCUGCUUCACCAUCUUCAAGUCAAGGGGUGAAGUGUGAUAUUGAUGUUUCAUUAUUGGUUUGUGUUAUGGUUGGUACAUUCCUAGGGUUUUGGAUAAUGUAG